GCGUGCAGCGGAACGGGGCGGAGCGGAGCGCGGCUCCUCCGGCCCUCGGCGGCGGUGCUGGGAUGGCGGCGGGCGGAGCGCUGCUGCGGGCGUUGGGUUUUGCCGCCCUUCUGCUGCCCGCCGCUCCACGCGGGUCGCCCGGAUCUGCGGAGCGCCGCUGCUUCUGCCAGGUUACUGGCCAUUUAGACGACUGCACGUGUGAUGUAGAAACCAUCGAUGCCUUCAACAACUACAAGCUGUUUCCUAGGCUGAAUCAACUUCUGGAAAGUGACUAUUUUAGAUACUACAAAGUGAACCUCAAGAAACCCUGUCCUUUCUGGGAUGACGACAGUCACUGUGGAAUAAGAGACUGCGCUGUCAAACCCUGCCCGUCUGACGAAGUCCCUGAUGGAAUCAGAUCUGCAAGUUACAAGUAUUCAGAGGAAGCCAACAGCCGUGCUGAAGAAUGUGAAGAAGCCAGCAGGCUUGGGGCUGUGGAUGAGUCACUGAGCAAGGAAACCCAGCAGGCAGUGCUUCAGUGGACGUCGCACGAUGACUCUUCAGACAGCUUCUGUGAAGCUGAUGACAUCCUUUCCCCCGACGCAGAGUAUGUGGAUUUGCUCCUGAACCCCGAGCGCUACACUGGCUACCGAGGGCCGGAUGCCUGGAAGAUAUGGAACAGUAUUUAUGAAGAAAACUGCUUCAAGCCUCAGAAUGUGAAAAGACCUUUGGCAUCUGGUAGAGGAGACGACGGAGGGCAGACGUUUUACAAGUGGUUGAAAGGUGUCUGCAUAGAGAAACGAGCUUUCUACAGGCUCAUUUCUGGUCUCCAUGCAAGCAUCAACAUUCACCUGAGCGCCAGGUACCUCUUACAAGAUACGUGGUCAGAGAAGAAAUGGGGCCCCAAUGUUACGGAGUUCCAGCAGAGGUUCGACGAGGUUCUCACCAGAGGGGAAGGCCCCAGAAGACUGAAGAACCUGUAUUUUCUGUACCUGAUUGAGCUGCGGGCUCUAUCCAAAGUGCUGCCCUUCUUUGAGCGCCCAGGUUUCCAGCUGUACACAGGGAAUCAAAGCCACGAUGCAGAAAUCAAGAGCCUAUUGCUGGAGGUUCUGCGCCUGGCCAAGUCUUUUCCACUGCAUUUUGAUGAAAACUCCUUCUUUGCAGGGAAUAAAAAAGAAGCUGCUAAACUAAAGGAGGAGGUCAGGCUACACUUCAAGAAUAUUUCCAAGAUAAUGGACUGCGUUGGCUGCUUCAAGUGUCGCCUGUGGGGGAAGCUGCAGACACAGGGCCUGGGCACAGCGCUGAAGAUCCUCUUUUCUGAAAACCUGAUAGAAAAGAUUCCUGAAAGCGGCCCUUCCUAUGGAUUCCAGCUGACGAGACAAGAAAUCGUGGCUCUGUUUAAUGCUUUUGGAAGGAUUUCAACAAGCGUCAGAGAACUGGAGAACUUCAGGACCCUCCUACGAACCAUGCGGUGAAUCCAGCACAGGAAGGCCCAAGCUUUCCUCCCACCUCCUGGGUUCUUCAGCAAUAGGCAAACGCCUCAAUUCCACUGAGGGCUGCAGGUGAAGGCCACUUGCUGAGCCUCAGGCUCCUGGUUGACUGUCUGUCUGGAAGCUGCUGGUGCCAAAUAUUUUGUACAAGACCAAAAACCUGCUGUUUUGUAUAGAAGUGAGGCCGUAUGUAAAGUUUAUUUUACACAGAUCGUUCUGAAUGACUUCUCUAAAUACUGCUGUGGUGUUUGAAUGGGUGAGGCUGCUCUCUUUACCUUCAGAAGCUGAAGGCAAAGCCUGAAUAAAGUUGGGGAAAAUUCCUCCA